AUGUCGUCUUCCGGCAUGUCUCCAUUCUAUCCUCUCUUCGUCCUAUCGGCUCCCACGCUCUUGAUCGCCACCGCGGCUCUCUCGUUGCACCAGUUCAAGAUGUUUUACAUAGCCUUCACCAACAUGGCAAACGAGAGGUCGGGCAAUCCCUUGUGGAUGAUGGUUCAGCCCGUCAUGAAGGAUCUGGCGCGGGUGAUGGAGGGUGUGCUGGGCAACGCUCAUAGCUUCAAGCCCGGGCUGACCCACGUGAUGCUCACGGCGCUCAUGCUGGCGAUCAUCGUGUCGCUCGAGAGGGUGAGGAGCGCGGUGUUGGCAUCGAAGCGUGCCCCGGCGCGACUCGAUUGA